CACGCCACUUCCUGUCGGGGGCGGGGCAGUGGCUCCUUCCCCUCUCGGGGAUCCUGGGAAAUGUAGUCCAGGAGCUGCUAAUAGUUGGAGGUAUUUCCGCUUUAGGAGGUUGCGAUUACGGCCUUCGGUUCUCACAGAAGCAACAGAGAUACAAGAUCUAGAAGAUUAGCUCCUUUGUGAGAGUGGAUUCAGGUUCCUCCCCUGCCUCUUGACCUCACCAAGCCUUGGCUUCCUUGUCUGUUACGUGGAAACUACAGUCGUGACCAUCAUCAUUUACUGAGAACUUUCUAAAAUGCCAGCUGAGGAGAGGCACAGAGGUGGAGGUGAUCAGACCAGCGUCACACCGCUCAUACGACACUAGAUUCUUCACAGGCCUUCCCAAGACUCAGCAAUUCCCCAGAAGGAGGAGGACAAAAUGUCCAAGUUCAAAGAGGCAGUGACCUUCAAGGAUGUGGCCGUGGUCUUCACAGAGGAGGAGAUGGGGCUGCUGGACUUGGCCCAGAGGAAGCUGUACCAGGAAGUGAUGCUGGAGAACUUCCGGAACCUGCUCUCAGUGGGGCAUCAAUCCUUCACACCAGAUGUACCAUCCCAAUUAGAGAGAGAAGAAAAGCUGCAAAUGAUAAAGACAGCAGCCCAGAGCUGUUGUUCCUCGGGAAAUCAGAAUCUAAAUGGCAUAGAGACUCUUCAAGAAGUUGGAUUAAGGUAUCUGCCACACGAAGAAUUUUUCUGCUCAAAAAUCUGGCUACAGGUUACAGAGGAAUUAACCAGGUGUCGAGAUUCCAUGGGAAUUAUUCAAGGAAUUGGCUGUCAAUUGGAAAAACAAAGUGACACACUCUAUAAAGAUGAGUUCAGUAAAGACUUCAGUCAGAGUUCACAUCUUCAAGUUCAGCGCAGAGACUACACUGGAGGAAAACCCUAUAAAGGGGUGGAGUGUGGGAAGGGUUUCAUAUGGGGCUCUUACCUUCAAAUGAACCAGACAGCCUCCACAGGAGAGAAGCCUUAUAAAUGUGAAAAAUGUGAAAACACCUUCCGUCGGUUUUCAAGUCUUCAAGCCCAUCAGAGAGUCCACAGUAGAGCAAAACUGAACAAUCAUGAUAUGUCACAUAAAGGUUUUAGUCAGAGGUCAUAUCUUCAUCAACAUCAAAGAGUCCCUGCUGGAGAGAAUCCACACAGAUUAGAGGAGUGUGGGAGGAACAUCAGAAAAAGCUCACAUUUUCAGGCUCCUCUAAUAGCCCACCCAUUGGAGAAACCCUAUAAAUGUGAGGAAUGUGGGCUGGGCUACAGUAAGCGCUCCUAUCUCCAUGUCCAUCAGAGAGUUCACACGGAAAAGAAACCUUAUCAAUGUGAAGAGUGUGGGAAGGGCUUCAGUUGGCAUUCACGCCUGCAGGCUCAUCAGCGAAUCCACACUGGGGAGAAACCAUACAAAUGUGAUGCGUGUGGCAAAGGCUUCAGUUAUAGCUCACACCUGAACAUCCAUUGUAGAAUCCAUACAGGUGAGAAACCGUAUAAGUGUGAGGAGUGUGGGAAAGGCUUCAGUGUGGGUUCCCAUCUCCAAGCCCAUCAGAUAAGCCACACAGGAGAGAAACCUUACAAAUGCGAGGAGUGUGGGAAGGGCUUCUGCCGGGCCUCAAAUCUUCUGGACCAUCAGAGAGGCCAUAGUGGUGAGAAACCCUAUCAAUGCGAUGCAUGCGGAAAGGGCUUUAGUCGUAGCUCAGAUUUUAACAUUCAUUUUAGAGUCCAUACAGGAGAGAAACCAUAUAAAUGUGAGGAGUGUGGGAAAGGUUUCAGUCAGGCCUCAAAUCUUCUGGCCCAUCAGAGAGGCCACACUGGAGAAAAACCGUACAAAUGUGGUACAUGUGGGAAGGGCUUCAGCCGGAGUUCAGAUCUUAACGUUCAUUGUCGAAUCCACACAGGAGAGAAACCCUAUAAAUGUGAAAAAUGUGGGAAGGCCUUCAGUCAGUUCUCAAGCCUUCAAGUGCAUCAGAGAGUCCACACUGGCGAGAAACCAUAUCAGUGUGCAGAGUGUGGGAAAGGCUUCAGUGUGGGCUCGCAGCUGCAGGCCCAUCAGAGGUGCCAUACUGGAGAGAAACCCUACCAGUGUGAGGAGUGUGGGAAAGGCUUCUGUCGGGCCUCAAAUUUUCUGGCUCACCGUGGAGUCCACACAGGAGAGAAACCGUACCGAUGUGAUGUGUGUGGUAAGCGCUUCAGACAGAGAUCAUACCUUCAAGCCCACCAGAGGGUUCACACUGGAGAGAAACCAUAUAAGUGUGAGGAGUGUGGUAAGGUCUUCAGUUGGAGCUCAUACCUCCAGGCCCAUCAGAGAGUCCACACAGGGGAAAAACCAUAUAAAUGUGAAGAGUGUGGGAAAGGCUUCAGUUGGAGCUCCAGUCUUACAAUUCAUCAGCGAGUCCAUGCUGGGGAUGAGGGCCAGAUACCUUCUCAGUGUAAUGAAUGUACAAAAUCUUUUGAUGCUCUCUCCAACUUUGAUCUUCAUCAACAAAUUCACUCAGGAGAGAAGUCUCAUACAUGUUGUGAGUGUGGAAAAAGCUUCUGUUACAGCUCAGCACUUCGCAUUCAUCAGAGAGUGCACUCGGGAGAGAAACGCUAUAAGUGUGAUGAGUGUGGCAAGGAAUUCAGCCAGAGUUCACAGCUGCAAAUUCAUCAGAAAGUCCACACUGUAGAGAAGCCAUUCAGAUGUGAGCAGUGUGGGAAAGGCUUCAGUCGUAGAUCAACACUUACUGUUCAUUGUAAAUUACACACGGGAGAGAAACCUUACACUUGUGACAAAUGUGGAAGGGCCUUCAUUCAUGCUUCACAUCUUCAGGAACAUCAGAGAAUCCACACUGGGGAGAAACCAUUCAAAUGUGAUAUAUGUGGUAAGAACUUCCGCCGCAGAUCAGCACUUAACAGUCAUUGUAUGGUCCACACUGGAGAAAAACCAUACAAAUGUGAGGAGUGUGGGAAAUGUUUCACUUGUAGCUCAAAUCUGCAUAUCCACCAGAGGGUCCACACAGGAGAGAAACCUUAUAAAUGUGAGGAGUGCAGUAAAUGCUUUGUUCAACCUUCACAAUUUCAGGCCCAUCGGAGAAUUCACACUGGAGAGAAACCAUAUGUAUGUAAAGUGUGUGGUAAGGGCUUCAUUUACAGUUCGAGUUUUCAAGCCCAUCAGGGAGUCCACACAGGAGAGAAACCAUACAGAUGUGAUGAGUGUGGGAAGAACUUCAGGAUGAAAAUCCAUUAUCAAGUUCAUCUGGUCGUCCACACAGGAGAAAAACCCUAUAAAUGUGAGGUAUGUGGGAAAGGCUUUCGUCAGAGUUCAUAUCUUAAAAUCCAUCAAAAGGCCCACAGCAUAGAGAAACCCUACAAAUGCAAGGAGUGUGGGCAGGGCUUCAAUCAGAAUUCACGACUUCAGAUCCACCAGCUGAUUCAUACUGGUGAGAAACCAUACAAAUGCGAAGAGUGUGGGAAGGGAUUCAGUCGUAGAGCAGAUCUUAAAAUUCACUGCAGAAUCCACACCGGAGAGAAACCGUAUAAUUGUGAGGAGUGUGGAAAAGUCUUUAGUCAGGCGUCUCAUCUUCUGACCCAUCAGAGAGUCCACAGUGGAGAAAAACCAUUCAAAUGUGAAGAGUGUGACAAGAGCUUUGGUCGGAGUUCACACCUUCAAGCCCACCAAAAAGUCCACACUGGAGAAAAGCCAUACAAAUGUGAGGAGUGUGGGAAGGGCUUUAAGUGGAGCCUGAACCUCGACAUGCAUCAGAGGGUCCACACAGGAGAGAAACCAUAUAAGUGUGGGGAGUGUGGGAAGCACUUCAGUCAGGCCUCAAGUCUUCAGCUUCAUCAGAGUGUCCACACUGGAGAGAAGCCCUACAGAUGUGACGUGUGUGGUAAAGUCUUCAGUCGGUCUUCACAGCUUCAGUAUCACAGGCGCGUUCACACAGGGGAGAAACCUUACAAGUGUGAGAUGUGUGGUAAGAGCUUCAGUUGGCGCUCCAAUCUUGUAAGUCAUCACAAAAUUCAUACUGGAGAUACAUGAAAGCAAUGAGAGUGGUAAGAACAUCAGGGAACUGUCAGAGGAAAGAAGUUCCACAAAAUGAUUGUUUCAAAAAACUCAUGUGCAACCCUGAAUUCUUGCAAGUGUCAGGUCUCAUAGGAGGGAAGGUAUUGGGUAUCGAAGCAGUAGCUGAACAUAUCCCAGUGUUCACCAGACCACACAGCAGAAACCUCCUCUGAGUGGUGCAGUAAGGGUUGCAUUCAGAACUUUGACAUUUGUCAGAUACCACUUAGGGAGAUAGCACUUAGAGAGGAAGAGUUUGCUCUUGCCUUUAAUGAAAGUGUAAGUAUGGGCUUGUCAAAACUGAUGUCCAGGAGAAUGUGAGCUCCAUGAGGGCAGGCACUUGGAUGCUGAAUCUACACAACCUUAACAUCGACUCUUGCUUGUAGGUCUGCUCAGCUCAUGUAUGUUAAAUAAACCAAAAGGGGGAAAUGUACACUAUAUGAAAAUUGUUUCAGAGGAGGAAACCUACCAAGUAAAAUUAAUUCAGGAAGUGAU